AUGAAUAUUUUAUUUCAAAAUGCUGACAGUUUGGCAACAACUCUGGGGACCGGAGUCUACGUCCUGUUUGCUGUGGCUGCACAUGAUCACGCGGGUCCAUCUGUCGUCCUUUCUGUCCUCAUGGCCGCCGUCACCUCAUGCCUGGGAGGUCUUUGUUACUCGGAAGUUAUUACAAGAUUCCCAAAAGGUGGCUCUGCUUAUUCUUUCGUAUACGCCACGAUGGGUGAGUCAUUUGCCUUUCUGGUUGGAUGGGGAAUGAUUCUGGAGUAUACUGCAGGAACAGCGCUAGCUUCCAAGGCCUGUAGCCAAUAUUUAGACGCCGUGCUUGGAGGAAGUCUAUCCCGUCUACUAGGACAACAUUUAGGACAUCUGAAUGUUACCGGAUUGGAUAGUCAUUUGGACUUCCCAUCUGUUGUUGUCAUCCUUGUAAUAUCCCUCUUAUUAAUCUGGUCCACAAAGAUUCUCUGCACUUUGAACAAUGUUUUCGUUGUGAUCAAUCUACUGCUCAUAUGCGGAAUGAUCUUGGUAGGAAUAUUCAAUAUGGAUUCUGAAAACUGGAUAGCUGGACCAGGAUUUUUUCCGGGAAGAGUAACAGGAGUAUUUUCUGCAGCAUCAAUGUGUUAUUUUGCUUUCGUAGGAUAUGAUAUCAUUGCUAUAUCUACCAGGGACACUCCACACAGAUCAAGCAUCUUUCCCACUACAGUCAGUUUCGUCUUCCUUAUUGGUCUUUUGGCUGCUUUUUCAAUAUCGGUUGUCCUCACCUUAUUGGUGCCAUAUUCUAUGCUGCAGGUCAGAGCUCCUGUACUUCAGGCCUUCGAUUUGAGGGAAGUUAUCGGAAUGUGCUAUUUCACAUCGGUUGGAGCAGUGUCUGGCCUCAUUUCUGCAGCCGCUGCUUCUCUAAUUUCAUUGAUUAAGCUUCUUCAGUCAUUAGCGAGUGAAGGACUUCUGUUCAAAUUCCUCUGUCGAUCGCAGUGCCACACUUUUUUAGUCUCUGGUAUUUUAAGUUCUUCUCUAUCCUUCUUCUGCGAUAUUAAAACUUUGAUUCAUGUUCUUGGCAUGGGUACGUUGAUAGCUUGUAUAUCAGUUGCUGUUUGUGUCUUGCGCCUGCGAUAUGCCGCAGCCGGAUCUCAGCGAUCGCCUGUAGACCUAUUAGAGUUAUCCGAAGAUGAAUCCGUGGUGGAAACCACGAAGGGAAUCGGAGACUCCGUAGACAGAGAAACGCAGACAGAGAAAGAUACGGUACCUGCAUCUGUUCGUGGAAAAACAGAUUAUGGUUCUCUGAAUCCCAGAUCUCUAUCAGUAGACUUUGUUGACGAAUCUUAUAUCACUUGCUUAUCAGAAAUGUCCCCACACUGGAACAAACAAGAGCCAAGUCAUCGCUCAGCUGCCACUGCCGCGGGGCUCAUCGGAGCUGCCAUGCUAGUUAUGCUGCUAAUAGGCGUGAUGACGCUUCACGUGCCUAGACUUUUACCAAAAAGCAGAUGGUGGGUAGAACUCAUUGCAUGCAUACUUUUUGUGAUAGUGUUAGCAUGCACUGCUGCAAUUUGUAGACAGCCGAAACACAAACCACGAAUUCGUAACAGAGUGCCCUGCGUUCCCUUUCUUCCCCUAUGCGCCAUUUGGAUGGAUGUACAUCUCAUCGUUGGGCUUCCGUGUGCAACUUUGCUUGUUUUUUUAAUAUGGACCCUUAUAGGUAAGUACACAAAAUGUAACGUAUUUUUGUUAUGAAAAAAAUGUGUCAAUUAAUUUUAAUGAUUUAAACCACAAUCGAUUCAAAAAGCUUA